UCCGAGUUACGGUUAGGAUCAUGGCUGAGAAGAAAACUACCCACAAGGUUCAUCCGGCGCCCGUUUGGCUCACCGCGGAUUAUGUGCAGGAAAAGCUGCGGAUAUACUUGAAGGAUAGUUCCCUGAAGCUGGCGAAGAUGGACACCAAGCCAGCCGUUGCCAAUGGAGGAAACUACGGCAGUGUGAUGACGCGCAUCAAUGUGGAGUACACCACCAAGGAAUCAAGGGAAAAACAGGCCACCACCUUCCUGGUGAAGACGACAUUUGCGGACCGGGAUCCUGCCGGCGAUAUUCUCAUCCACUAUGGCGUCUACUCCCGUGAGAUGGAUAUAUACGAGAGCAUCCUGCCCCAACUGGCGGAUAUGGUGAGGAAGGAGCUGAAGGAUCCCAGGAAGCUGUUUGCGGCCACCAUGAAUGUGGAUCGUCAGCGGGAUUCGAUCAUCUUUGAGGAUAUGUCGCGGGAACACUACAAGGUGGCCUGUCGCCGAAAGAAACUGGACCUGGAGCACACUCAUCUGGUGCUGGAGAAACUGGCCAGUUUCCAUGCAGCCGCAUCCGUUCUCGCCGAGCGGCAACCGGGAAUCUUUGCAAAGAACUACGAUCGAGGAUUCUUUAAUAAACACACCCGGGCCUACGGACCCAUCAUGACCAAUCUCCUGGAGGCCCUUUCCCGCUCCCUCAGCUCGGAUCAGGAGUUGGGUCCGCGGUACAAGGCCAAGAUUGAUCGGCUAGUCGAACGUCUAAUGGAUUAUGGCGAAAGAUCGACGACAAAUCAGCCCGACGAUUUUCUAACCCUAGCCCAUGGAGAUCUGUGGACCACCAAUUUUAUGUUCCAGUACGAUGAUAGAGAUCAUCCCAAAAAUGCCAUAUUCAUCGACUUUCAGUUCAGCGUUUGGAACUCACCGGCCAUCGAUCUGCACUACUUCUUCACUACCUCGUUGCAGGAUAAUCUCCGUUUCAACCAUCAGUCGGAACUGGUUCAGUUCUAUUACUAUAAAUUAGUGGAGGCCCUCAAGAAGUUCAAGUAUUCUGGUCGAAUACCCAGCCUGUUUGAUUUCCAAUUGCAGUUUCGCUCGAGAGGUUUCUAUGCUGUCUUCUGUUCGCUGGUCUUCGAGCCUGUUAUGCAAUACGAGGGCAAGGAGGAUGCUUCUAUUGAGCAGGCCAUUUCCAAUUCCGAAAGUGGAAUGCGUUUCAAAGAUUCCGUUUAUGCACCGGAAAAAAUUAAAAAGAAAUUAAGUGUCGUCUUACCAUUUCUUGAUCAGUUCGGAUUGCUAGAUGAAAUGUGAAUAGUUUAAGUAAAUAAAAGUUAUAGAUAUAGUAUGUA